CGGUGCACACAGACGCUCACCUACACUGCUAUAAACGAAUCCAGCUCUUAUACAUCAAGAAAUAACGAAGAUUAUUACGUGUACUGAAGAUAUAAUAAGUGUGUGUGUUGGAUUGUGUUGGUGUGCGCGCCCUGCGCCACUGCAACGAGCCCUAGGUCAGUACACCCCGAUGCAUACACCGGAGUGCAUCACGUCGCGUCACAGAAUAAAAAAUCAAAAAUCACCAAAAAAAUCCACCAAAAUAUUCACGUUUUAGUAAAAAGAAAAUGCUGGAAAAUUUUUAGAUUUUUUUUUAAAAGAUCGUGAACGAAAGUUCGGUUUUCGAUUCGCGUCUUUGUCCGCCGCCAUAUUGGAUCCGACGAUUUUGAGAAUGCAGCCACGAAAAAAAAUGUGAUCAAAUUGUGGGAUUUUUUUUUUCGGGGAAGAACUUCCGCUAAUCGAUUUUGGCCGUUGCUUCGAUUCGAGAAAGAGACAUUUCACCAUCAUUGCUCUGCUGCUCAUAGUCAUCAUCAUAUGCGUUAUAGACAUCUACUUUUCGUCAAGAGUAGCGAAACAGGAGCAUAUCCUGAAUAGACUGUGCAAGGCCAUCUCAUCUGAAGAUUGUUAAGAUGGAGUCCGGAGCAUACAAUUGCGUUAAGUCGCAUCAUGAUAUACAGACCAGAGACAAGUCCAGCCAGGCGUUACUCUACAACACCUUUGUGGCGCCGAUGCCGUAUGUGGGUAGUACAAUAGUGCCCAUAGACGCAUUUCCUGCAGCCAGCGACCACAUGGCAUCUCUCGACACCCCAUUCCCACGUAAUUAUACAUCCUCGAAUAUACACAGCCAUUCCAUUAUCACCUCUUUUUCUUCAGUGGCCCAGCCAUUCACUUCACCACCUCCCCAACCUCGCAACACGAGGUCUGACACAUCAGUGCUACAAGGUGGCGCUUUACAGCAGGUCUUGGACCUGACUACUUAUUUCACCCCAAAACAGCUGCUGCUCAUUAAUAGCAAUCGUCUAUGGAUAACGAAGAAAGGGGAACUUUUGGACAAACUCGGCCCAGGCAUAUCAUACCGGUCAUCGCCCCUCUCCUCCGCGGAGGCAGCAGCGAUCGCUGAGCGUUUUGGGGCGCCCGCCUCCUCCUCUUCCGAUGAAUACGAAGAUGCCAUAUCAUCUAGCAUCGCGGAUGCAAUGACAGAACCUACGCCCUCAACAUCUACACCAAACCGUGGUCAGCCCAUAGCCGCACCUCUACCGCCGGAGCCUGCAUGCAGAUCGAAAAUCUCUGUCAUUCCAUGCGUAUCCGUAAAAAGUCAACGCGCAAGUUUUCAGGCUGGCACACCAACAACUCCUCCCAAAUCUAAGAUAUGUAUAGCUUUAGAAGCACACAUGGCCGAAUCGAAGACCAGUACCCAACCCCUGGUUAACUUAGUCAUGAGCCCACACGCUAGGGACAUCUCUGCCGUGCAACUGCUCCUGUCCUUCAUGAGCGUGUCUAACGCCUCCCACAUAGACACAGUUCCGGUUUUGAGGGGGCUACUAUAUGUCUACGGACAUCCUGACAACGUGUACAGGCUAGACAAGCUGCCUAACCACUUUGUGCGUCGCGAUGACCUCACGCACACCCCUACAUACACGACCUACGUGCAGCCCCGGGAUCAAGGACGUCACAACAUAAACGUCAUGUGCUGCACUUUGGACGCCUUCGCAUCCCACAUAAAGGGGCGGGACGUUGGCAUGGCCAAUCGCUGGCCCGUUUCUCUCAUGGACAACAAGUGGACAGCAGUGCCCAUAACUUCAGACAUGGUAAUUGAGUCCUGGAUCACCGAGUACACACUCACAUUUCUAACAUCUGAGAUAUGGGCCGGUAGACUGAGUCGCCGCUCUAACCACGUGCAUCGGGGAGUUGGUGGCAAUAUGGAGAACACAUCGUACACCACUAUCCCAAAGGCCCAUAACGUGCACAUUCCCGGGCCCACCGAGUUGGUGUUGGUGCUAGUAGAUGACAGCAUCACCUUCGGAAACCGCACAGUGCCCAUGUUAAGGGACGAAGGCCUGCGUGUUUACAACGGGUCACAGUACCUCACAGCCAACGAAGACAUCGGCAACUACGUUGUCAACAUGACUGAUAUAUAUUACCAGCGGCCCGACAACAUCCAGCAGUCUGCUGUCCAGAUGAGCCAUGCCCUUGAGUGA